AGGCGUGAUAAAGGAGAAUGAAACAGCUCACUGACGUGUUGAAACGCAGCUGAUAAGGAAAACAAAAAACCUACCUCAAAAAAUAAAACAGUUGAGUUUCAGCAGAAGCCAGAAACAGCACCUGAUCUCUUUUCUCUCCCAGCAUCGAGGAGGUGUGUGUGACAAUGCUGAAGAUAUUUCCAAUUCUAGCUGUCCUUGCAGGCCACGCCAGCGGGGUUGUGGUGACCGUCCCUGAGAAGACAGUGAAUGUCACGACAGGUGGAAACGCAACCCUCCUCUGCACAUACACCAGUCCUGGACCGCUGGGAAAUUUCUUUAUUCAGUGGAGUUUUUACAGUGCCAAAGAGAGCCAGCUGCACACCCAUUCCCCGUGUCAUGGUAUUCUGAGUAUGGAUGAAAAGUCAGUCAGUCUUUGUCAAAAGACGGUGUAUGUGACAGAUGCACGGGGAAGAUGUAGCUGGAGAUACAAGAUCUAUUAUUAUUCGGGAGGCCAGUCUUACUCCUAUGGAGCAUUUAAGAACAGGAUAACAGCUUCAACAAGUCCAGGGAAUGCAUCAAUAACAAUCUCCAACAUGCAGCCCUCAGACACUGGUUCCUACACCUGUGAAGUUUUCAGCCCUCAGGGUGAUGCUGGACAGAGUCAAAAAUCUGUGAUUGUCAGUGUGCUGGUCAAACCAUCAAAACCUUUCUGCAAAGUAGAAGGAACACCUGAAAAAGGCCAUCUAAUCCACCUCCUAUGCAACUGCGAAGAGGGGUUGCCUCGCCCCACCUACCGCUGGUACAAAGUCGAUGAGAACACCCUCAAGCCUGUGACAGAACAAUUCAAUCCAAACUCUGGCAUCCUUUACAUUGGCAACCUCACCACCUUUGAAACUGGCUACUAUCAGUGCGUAGCCAGCAACCUCCUGGGGAACAGCACCUGUGAGCUUGACCUAACAGCAAAACAUUCAGAUGGUGGUAUUGUUGCUGGAGCAUUGAUUGGAGCAAUUCUGGCAGCUGCUAUAAUUUGCAUUAUUGUCUGGGUCUUGACCAAGAAGGCAAAAAAUAGGAAGUCACCAAAUAAUGCGAUGCAAGAAAUGGUUCAGAAACAAUCCAAUGCAGACUAUGCUCAGGUACCCAACGAAGAAAACAUUCCUGCAACCACAGUUCCAUCAAGCAAUGCAACAAAUGAAUAUCCAAGUGUUGAUGAAACAGCAGCUCCUGCAACACCUGAAAACGAUGAGAAGCAAGAAGCAGAAAAAGAAGAAAUAGCCUAGAGUUUAUUUAAUGGAGUUUUCUUCGUCACCUUUGGACCCCUUUAUACAAAAAUUGUUGUCAUUGAAUUAACAUAGAAGCAUGACUAAAACUUAAACAGGCAUUUGUAUUGUGAGCCACUGGGGUGGAUUGAAAAAGGUCUAUUACACAGGCACUCUGUGAAUAGCAGAAGAUUUGGCCUUUAAAGUUAACCAAAUUUCUUUUAUUAUCUAGUUAUACUGUACAAAAAUUUAAGUAUAAAAAGAAUAUCAUCUAGAUUUAUCCAACACAUUUUGCAAAACUAAUUAGGAAAUGGGCUAAAGCAUUUGUCAAAGUAAGAGCUUUCCAGUCAACCACCAGUAAUGCUAUGUGUCCACACAGUUCAGAACCAUAGCAGCCUUCUCCAGAAAUAGUGAUGGCCAGCCUGCUUCCUGAGCACCAAGAACAAUAAUCAUGGCCAGUACAUUGCAGUGUUUAAAGGAACUGAUUUUGCACAUCAGAAGUAAAAAGAAGUUACAUUAAUGUCAUCAGAAUGCUGAAACAGAUGUUAAGACCUGAGCCAGUGAAAUCUUGGGUGUCUGAAUUCCACUUAAGCUAAAAAAAAAAAAAAUCCCAGAAACUUACCCUGUUGCUGCCUGACAUGGAAUACAUUGUGUUAACAGUGAGCUUCUUGGCUCAAAGUUCCCAAGGGCAUCAGCAUUCCAGAGUUGUGUGUUUCAGCAGCUCUGGUUUUCAGUUUAAUGGAACUGGCAUUUGGGUGCCCAGUUCAGAUACAAAUGACUGUUCCACACAACAGGAGCUGGAGAUAUAAAUCCUUUGCAAGGCUUGUUCCAAUAGGCUCACACAGCAUCACAUUCCUCAUGACACACAGAUACAGCUGCUUUCAAAACUUAGGAGUAAUAGUGCCUUCUAUACAGUUCGGAUUGCUUCCUCUGCCUGAGAUGAUUUAAAUCUAUUUCCAGGCUAGUCCUACCCACUGACCAACAAACUCAUGCUACUUUUCUUCUGGUCUCUCAUCCCAGUGUAACAAUCUAUCUUCUAUAGGCGAAAGCAUCAAGAGGGACGGUAAGUGGUGCAAAGCACACUGACAGCCAGCAAUCAAGUGAUGAGCACCCUCUUGGAAGGAGAAAGGGAAUUGAACCGCACACACACACCUGGGUCACUAGACACCCCUUCUCUCUGGGCCUCAUUUCUAAAGUUACACAAACUCAGUUUUUCAAAAAGGCAAAGAUACUACAUUCAGAAGAGCUCAAGGACCACAGGGCUCAGGCAAGUACAGACCCACAGGCUCUGCAGCUCCACGCUGAACUGCCUGAGGCAGGUCCUCGCUGACACAGGCAGACACUGCUUUCAGUCUCAUGCACUGCAGGAAAACAUAUCUGGCUCAGGGAUCUGGAGGUUUUUGGCACUUCAGUCUUUCACAGGAUCUAAUAUUCAUAAAUCCUUUGGUGACUGCUCCUAGACUAUAAACAUUAGUUAUAUGCAACAUUUAAGAUUUCUGGGCUAAAAUUUUCAGGUUCAGUUCCUACAGCUGUAAGUAUGUUUACCAAGAUAGUGAGCUCAAAAGAAAAGAAAAAAAAAAAGAUAAAAGGAAAAAGAAAAAAAGAAAAAUAUAUGGCAACAUUUAAGGAUGCAAGGCAUGAGAUCCUAGUUAAGAUUUAUUUUGGAUCUUCAAGAAUAACUGUAUUAAUUGCCCUUUCCUGGCAGUUUUCUGGCUUCCAAAUAUUUUUCUUUGAUAGGUGUGUCCUAGUGUUUAGCUUCAUUCCAGAGUAACAGAGCAUUUAUAGUGUUCUUCUAACACUAUUUUAGCUAAAAACUAUUUGUGCCAGACUGUGAGGGUAAAACCCUUGCUAAUACCAACACUGCCAUGUUGCACCAGUGGAUCCCCAGACUCCUCUCUCCCCAAAAUAUCCAGGGUAAAUCUCAAAUCAGGAUCUACACAGAAGUCUCCUUGAUCAGGCAGCUCUUAUUAACUCUUGUGGCAAUUAUGCCAGGCCAAAUUCUUAAGUCACAUCCUUCAAUCCAGGUUGAGCAACUUACUGAAAAUGUCUUAUAUUGACAGCCAAGCUGUGUAAACCUGCAGGAUGAUGACAUUAAACACACUCAGAAACAGCAAGGGAACAGUCAGUACUACCUGCUGCUCUUUGGGUGCUAUUUCUUACUGAAGGUGUUUCCUGAUGAUAAAAUUCAAAUCAAUUACUGGUCCAAAGGAGCCCCCGGCUUGGCUGACAGCAGCAAUAAUUUAAAAUAAUUUAUCUGACAUUCCUAAGCAUUCUUCUACUCUUGCCCUUCAUGGGAAAACAUAGAUGUCUUCAUGUCACUGCUAUAGCUGUAUUAGUUCUUCUAAAGCCAUCUCCUGCAUGUACAUGUUCUGGUCACAUUUUUCUUAUUGCUAUACCUUUCCACAUCUCUGCAACAGCACUAUCGUGAUUGAAGAGGGGACUCUAUUACAUGGUCAUAUUUCUUUUAAUCUUUCCUUCAUCUCACCUCCACACAUUUUUCUGCUGGCAUUUCCUUACAUAACUUGCUACAGCAAGAUAGGAACAAGUUCUGGGGAAGUUGUCAGUAUCUUCUAUUAGAUUGUAGGGUCUUCCUAGAACACCACAGGUUUUAUAUUUGUUCAAAAAGUAGAAAUUGCUCGUUACGUUAAUGUUUUUAUAUAGAGAAAGGAACAACUGACCAUGUUCUUGACUAAUGAUUCCUCUCAUACUUCUAACCACCAGUGAGUAAUAGAUGCUAGUAAAAAGGCAAAAUUAGAAGCAAAACAGGCUGCUGGGAGUGAGGAGGUAAGGCAAAUAACAUGUAUUUGGGGUUUCUUACCAUAGUGAGGUGUUUUCUGUAAGCCUUCUGGCAGAUGUUUGUUCUCAUUACAGAGUCUCUAAAGUUUAUUAAAAAUUAUGGGGCACCAUUCCUAGCUUCCCACUGAUACUCUUGGCAAAGCACAAGUCAAAUUAAGUAUUGAUCCACAGUGUGUAGCUCUAAAACCCUGCAGAGUUAUGCAGGAUUCAGAAACAUUUUUCAGAAUUUGCUUUAGAUGUUCCAACAGUCUUUGCUGCAUGGCCAAUUUAUCUUCCCCUAAGAAGCAGGGAUCAUUAAUACAGACACCCGUUACUAAGCCAACAUUCAAGCCACCAUCUCCUAAGGAAGCAGAUGUACAAAGCUACAGAGCUGUGGCAGGGUUUUUUUGCUACACAAA